GUGACACCAUCGGGAUAGUGCUUUUGUGAUAAAUAUUUUAGCAUGGCAUUUAACUUUUAUUAAAAAUAAAGUUUUUGCCGUGACUUUGUCAUAGACUGUAUUUUUGGUAUUGCUAUAUCCACGUAAGCGGGGGAGUAUCAAUUUGGGGGUAGAGUCAAUUGAUAUUAAUUGAGAAACACUGUAACAUGGUGAAAGUUAAUAACUACAAAUAUUACAUUGAAAAACAGAUAAUUAUUAGGAAUUUGUCAAAUGGAUACUAACAUGAUACGGGUGAUGACCAUAACUAAAUACAAAACACUGUAUACGAUUUUGAUAAUUUUCGUCAUAUUAAGCACUGGGCAUUCUCGAGGUGUGCAGUCAACGUUGUGUGAACAUAGAUGUGAAACUGCGACUCCAUAUCUCAUAACACUGAAAUCAUUGUGGCAUCGGAUGUCAAAACGAAUUGGCAGACAAAAUAUGACAUUUGAAUCCUUCGUAAAAUCCCUUAUUGCUGCAUCAGAACGGUACAAUAGAUUAAUACCUCUAAGAGACAAUUUGAUGUCCAUGAUUGGUGAAUACCAGGACUGUGUGAAAGCUUGUGAACAUCAACAUAGUAAAAGAACAUUUGAACGGGUAUCAGAUUCUUUUACCAGGCCAGAAAUUUGUAUUACACCAGAUAUUUGUUUAUGACAGUCAUGGAUCUAACAUGUCUUAUUCUUCAUCUAAGGGGACAGAGAGUGACAUAAAGAUUUAGAAAUGUAAUACUCGUUUUCAGUUUUAUUUAAAAUAUUUGUUCAUAAGAAUACAUUUUCUUAAUUUUAAGGUCUAUACGUCCGAAAAUGUGACAUAAUAAAAUUGUUGUGACAUCGUUAAA